AUGGGUGAAGGCAAUGAAGAUGCACGUGGGGACGUGGCGCAGAGGAGCCUCAACGGCUCCUUGCCCAUCGCCCUCUCCGCCCUCUCCCGCCUCCACUCCCUUGAUGUGCGCGUCAACCGAUUGUCCGGACCCCUGCCGCCCGCCCUCUCCACUCUCGUCCGCCUGCGCACCCUAAUUCUAAACGGCAACAAUUUUACUGGCCCUAUUUUCGACGUUGUCGUCAACAUGCCAUCCCUUGUUACCCUUUCAUUCUACAACAAUCGCUUCACGGGGCCCAUUUCACCUGCCGUCUCACGCCUGCAUCGCCUUGUGUUUCUCGAUUUGGAUUCCAACUACUUGGACGCGCCACUGCCGCAAGAAAUCAGCCAUCUCACCGCCCUCUCCUUCCUGAGCAUGGCAAACACUGGCCUCUCUGGCCCUCUGCCCGACACCAUCAGCGCCCUAACGGCACUGCAAAACAUCUAUGCGCCAUCCAACGCCAUCACAGGGAGCCUCCCCUCCACCAUUGCUGCCCUUUCCAACCUCCAGUUUCUGGUGCUUAGUCAGAAUCCCCACCUCACGGGCUCCCUGCCUCGCGCUCUCUCCCGCCUCACCUCCCUCCAGCAGCUCUUACUCGGCGGCACGGCCAUCUCGGGACACCUGCCUCGCUUCCUCGCCGUCCUCACUCGCCUCUCCAACCUUGAAUUGCAUGAAACAAAGCUUCUUGGAACCAUCCCUGCCGCUUUUGGAGCCCUCACGAAUCUUCAGUCAUUUCAGUUCCCUAGGGCGUGGAGCAUGUGUGUGUCGCAUGCCGCCCACUUCUUGCUGGGUGUGCGUGUGGGUGGAGAGACGAUGCUUCCCUUCUCCUCGUUUCAUGUGCUUCCACCACCUCUCGUUCACCAGCACCACCUCCCUUUCAGCAGCACCACUUCUCCUGCUUCCAUGCUCAAGCACACCCCCCCCUGCGCUCACAUUUCCCUUGCUGACGUCAUCAGGGCCACCAAUGGGUGGGCAGAGGGGCGGAGGGUGGGGGGAGGCAGGUGGAGUGAUGUGUACCGGGGGGAAUGGGGGGAGUGGGGGGAGGAGGAGGAGAGGGAAAAGGGCGAGGAUGGGGGCGAGGGGGAGAAGUGUGAAGGGGCUGGAACGGAAGGAGAGGGGAAGCAGGUAGGAGGAGAGGGGACGCAGGAAGGGGGAGAGGUGGGGGGAGGGCUGCAGGAGAGGAAGCAGGGGGUGCGUGCAGGGAAGGGGAGAGUGCGGGGGGGCGGGGGCGUGUGGGCAGUGAAGCGCAUGAGAGAGGAGGCGCAGUGGGCGUCACUGGAGGCCCACGCGACUGCCUUGGCACGCCUGAGGCACCCCAACGUGCUCCGUCUCGUGGGGUGGUGCUGCUGGCCGGAAGGAGAGGGCAGCGCGAGGCCCAGCGAUGAUGGGGAAAGGUGUGGGAAGGAGCGGGCGAAGCGGGGAGAGGAGGGAGGCAGGCAGAGGAGGGGGGAGGGGCAGGUGUUGGUGUAUGAGUGGAUGGAGAGGGGCAGCGUGGAGGCGCUGCUGCAGGCAGGUGCGCUCACAGUCGACCGCCCCGCCAUUUGUCUCCUCGUUUUGUCUCCUCUCCUCUCCUCUCUUUCCCUCUCCUCUCCUCUUCUCCUCUCCUAUCUUCUCCUCUUCUCUCCCAUGCUCUCUUCUCCUCUCCUCCCCUCUCAUCUUCUCUCCUCUCCUCGCCUCUCCUCUCUUCUCCUCUCUUCGCCUCUCCUCUCCUCUCAACGCCUCUCCUCUCCUCUCCACGCCUCUCCUCUCCUCUCCCAUCCUCUCUCCUCCUCUCUUCGCCUCUCCUCUCCUCUCCUCGCCUCUCCUCACCUCUCCUCUCCUCGCCUCUCCUCUCCUUCCGCACAGGCAGGCAGCAGCCCCGUGUCGCUGCGGCAACGGGUGGGCAUCACAAUGGGAGUGCUGAGGGCGCUCAAGGCGGUGCAAAGCCACGGGCGGGUGCACGGCGACCUCAAGCCCUCCAACGUGCUGCUCUCUGCCGCCUGGGAGGCACGAGUGGGUGACUGGAGUGCGGUGCGCAUGGGGCAGCACGUGCAUGUGGACUUGGGCAAGGGCAGUGGCAAAUGCCUGGAAGGUCACCAGGAGGGUUCCUGGGCGAGCGGGAGCGGGGAAGGUGGAGGCAGCAAGUGUGGCAGUGGCAGCGCUGGGGGCAGUAGCAAGAGAGGCAGCAGUGGCAGCAGUGGCGCAAGUGGCAGCAGUGGCAGCAGUGGGGGUUGGAGGGAGAGCAGGAGGAGUGGCAGCAGCAGUGGCAGUGGCGGUGGAGGGUGGCAGCAGCAGAGAGUGGUGGUGCUGCGGUGCACGGAGGGGCAUGUGGAUCCCUCUCUGCUGCACUCCGGCAUGACCUCCGCCAUGGCAGACAUGUUCAGCGUGGGGGUGCUGCUGCUGCAGCUGCUCAUGGGGUGGGCUGCACCCUACAGCCAUGUGGAUGGGCAGCACAUGCACAUCUGUGACUGGGCCCAGCAGCAUCUGCUUCACGCGUCCCUGCUGCAGGGGAGUGAUAGGGGAGGAAGGGGGGAGAGGAGAGAGAGUGGGGAGGAGAGUGGGCGGAGGCAGAGCAGGGGGCGAUGGAGCGGGAUGUUCUGGGGAAGUGGCGCUGAGAGAAGGGAUGUGCAGGGCAGUGGCGGUGCGUUGGGCGCACAGCUGGCUAUUUUGGGUGUGGUGGACAGUAGGGAGUUUGUGGUGUAG